AUGGACAAGUUUUCCUUACUAUUCGUCUUAUGCUUGGGCUGUGUUUUGGUUUUCGGACAAAAUGAUACGACUACACCGAAAAAUUGUCGUCCGGAUCAGAAAUUAAUUUGUACAAACCCUUGCAUGAAAGUUCCAACUUGUCAAAAUCCAAAUCCAAUUCGUCAACCUUGGACUUCUUGUGGAGGUCUUUGCAUUCAUGAAUGUGUUUGCAAUGAAGAUCAGGGACUAAUUUUAAAUGAAAAUAAUCAAACCUGUGUGAAGAAAGAAGACUGUCCAUCAGCAUGCAAACCAGAAGAACAAGAAGGAUGUGCUCCAUGUCCGUGUCCCGAAGCCACUUGCCAAGAUCCCAAACCAUCUUGUCCUGAAAACAUAGCUUGUUCUUUCGUCUGUCGUCCGUUUUGUGCGUGCAAAGAAGGAUAUUUAAGGGAUAAUUCAACUAAGACGUGUGUACCUCAAGAUAAAUGUCCUCAAGCAGUAUAA